AUGCGUAGCGUAUCAACAAUCCUCAUGGGCCUCGUUGCCCUGGCUGCUGCCGCCCCCAUGCCUUCAGCAUCCAUGUCCAUGUCUGCCAAGCCAGCUACCAUCACUGAGAGCGCAGUAGCAGCAUCAGGUGCGCCGGCUGCCGCGGCUGCCUCACCAGCGGCACCAGCAGGAAUGCUGAGUGAUACCGAUAUCCUCAACUUUGCCCUCACCGCCGAGCAUCUCGAGUCGGAAUUCUACAAGCAGGGUUUCGCCAAGUUCUCCAUGUCUGACUUCAUGGCUCUCGGUCUUUCUGCUGGCCAAGUCAAGUCCUUGAUGGGUGUUGGUCAGACUGAGGCUACUCACGUCACCACCCUCCAAUCCGCUAUCGCCGGAGCUGGCGCAAAGCCCGUCGAGCCUUGCCAGUACAACUUCGACGCUGCUCUCAUGAGCGCGAAGUCCAUGGUUGCGACUGCCCGUGUUCUCGAGGCUGUUGGUGUCUCCGCCUACCUCGGUGCCGCACCGCUUGUCAACUCUUCCGACGUCCUCUCCGCCGCUGCCUCCAUCGUCACCGUUGAGGCCCGUCACCAGGCUUUCAUCCGUAUCGCAUCCGGCGCUGAGCCCGUCCCUGCCGCUUUCGACGUUGCCCUUGGACCCCGUGCCGUCUUCACCCUUGCCGCUGCCUUCAUCAAGUCGUGCCCCACCGGCUCCAACCUCAACAUCCAGGCUUUCCCUGCCAUCGCGCUCCAGAACCCCGAGAAGGCUACCGUUGGCCAGAACCUCAAGCUCGCUGACCCUGCUCAGCCCGCAGGUGCAUCUUUCUGCGCUUUCGUCGGACCUGGUGGCAACCAGUUCACUCCCAUCACCGACGGCAACUGUAUGGUUCCCCAGGGCCUCAUGGGUGAGGUCUACAUGAUGAUCACCAAGAGCAAGUCCAUUGCCGAUGCCGAGGUCCUUGCCGGCCCUUCCGUCAUCCAGCCUUCAUAG